AUGGUCCUUGUCGAUGAAGGGGAAGCCAGUGGUGAAGAAGCUCCCCUUCAAAGGAGAAAAAGAUCUUCACUAGCUCAAUCAGAUGCUCAACCGGGAGCACUUCAAAACCUAACAUCGGAUGAAGUUGAGGCACUUUUGGGCGAGACGGGAUUGAUCGAGAAUGUUGAUUCUCGUUUUCCGACCUUUUUUGUUGCCUCCGGUCCAAGGAGUUCAGACCCUGAGCCUCUUCUGCCUCCGACCACUGAGCCAAUAACAAUCAACAGUUCUUCUACCACCGUUGCUUCUUCACCUUCCAUACCGAUGGGUCCACGCCCAUUGACACUAGUUGCUCCUUCGCCACCAGCAACAACUACGUCUCCUUCACCGGUACCACCUGACCAAGAAAGGGGUGCUUCUCCUCCCCGGUCUCCCGACCACGGGAAUUUGGGGCAUAAUUAUUCAACACCUUCUCCAGAUCCUCGAGGGAGGAGAAGUGCUACUCUUUCGAUUUCGAAAGAGUGCCAUCUUUUGUCCAAGCCGGUGGAGCUUGCGAAUUAUCCGAAGUCGUUGGCUUCAGAGAAAGAUUAG